CUGAACUCUUUCUUCUUUAUCUCUGUCUCUCUCAAUUUUCCAAGGCUUAAAGUUUCGUUGGAGAAUAUGGCCGCAAAAGGUGAAGGACCGGCGAUCGGAAUCGACCUCGGCACCACCUACUCCUGCGUCGGAGUGUGGCAACAUGACCGCGUUGAGAUCAUCGCUAAUGAUCAGGGGAAUCGUACGACGCCGUCUUAUGUUGCCUUUACCGACACCGAAAGGUUGAUCGGGGAUGCCGCUAAGAACCAGGUCGCCAUGAACCCACUCAACACCGUUUUCGAUGCGAAGAGGUUAAUUGGUAGGAGAGUUAGCGAUUCUUCUGUUCAGAGUGAUAUGAAAUUGUGGCCAUUCAAGGUUGUUGCUGCUGCUGGUGACAAACCCAUGAUUGGUGUUAACUACAAGGGUGAGGAGAAGCUAUUUGCUGCGGAGGAAAUCUCGUCUAUGGUCCUAACAAAGAUGCGGGAGAUUGCAGAGGCUUACCUUGGGUCAACUGUGAAGAAUGCUGUUGUAACUGUGCCUGCUUACUUCAAUGACUCUCAGCGUCAAGCUACCAAAGAUGCCGGUGUUAUUGCUGGCCUCAAUGUCAUGAGAAUAAUAAAUGAGCCAACUGCCGCAGCUAUUGCCUACGGCCUUGAUAAGAAAGCUACAAGUGUUGGUGAGAAGAAUGUCCUGAUCUUCGAUCUCGGAGGUGGAACUUUUGAUGUUUCUCUCCUCACCAUCGAGGAGGGUAUCUUCGAAGUUAAGGCCACAGCCGGAGACACUCACCUUGGAGGUGAGGACUUUGAUAACAGAAUGGUGAACCACUUUGUACAGGAAUUCAAGAGGAAGAACAAAAAGGACAUUAGCGGAAACCCAAGAGCCCUGAGGAGGUUGAGAACUGCUUGUGAGAGAGCGAAGAGGACGCUCUCAUCCACUGCUCAGACCACCAUUGAGAUAGAUUCUUUGUUUGAGGGUAUUGACUUCUAUUCAACAAUCACUCGGGCUAGGUUUGAGGAACUCAACAUGGACCUUUUUAGGAAGUGUAUGGAACCUGUGGAGAAGUGUCUUAGGGAUGCUAAGAUGGACAAAAGCACUGUUCAUGAUGUUGUCCUUGUUGGUGGCUCUACUAGGAUUCCUAAAGUUCAGCAGCUGCUGCAGGACUUCUUCAAUGGGAAGGAACUGUGUAAGAGCAUCAACCCUGAUGAAGCCGUUGCUUAUGGAGCUGCUGUCCAGGCAGCUAUAUUAAGUGGCGAAGGCAAUGAAAAGGUUCAAGAUUUGUUGCUUUUGGAUGUCACCCCCUUGUCUCAAGGUUUGGAGACUGCUGGAGGUGUCAUGACUGUAUUAAUUCCACGGAACACUACGAUUCCUACUAAGAAGGAACAAGUAUUCUCUACAUACUCUGAUAACCAACCUGGUGUCUUGAUUCAAGUUUAUGAGGGUGAGAGAGCAAGAACUAAGGAUAACAACUUGCUGGGUAAAUUCGAGCUUUCAGGCAUUCCUCCAGCUCCCCGUGGUGUUCCUCAAAUCACUGUUUGCUUUGAUAUUGAUGCUAAUGGUAUCUUGAAUGUCUCUGCCGAGGACAAAACCACUGGGCAGAAGAACAAGAUUACCAUUACCAAUGACAAAGGAAGAUUGUCAAAGGAAGACAUUGAGAAGAUGGUUCAAGAAGCAGAGAAAUACAAGUCUGAAGAUGAGGAGCACAAGAAGAAGGUUGAGGCGAAGAAUGCCUUGGAGAACUAUGCCUAUAACAUGAGAAACACCAUAAAGGAUGAGAAGAUCAGUUCAAAGCUUUCCUCGGAAGACAAGACAAAGAUUGAGAAUGCAAUUGAGCAGGCCAUUCAAUGGCUUGAUGCCAAUCAACUUGCUGAAGCUGAUGAAUUUGAAGACAAGAUGAAGGAACUUGAGAGUUUAUGUAAUCCUAUUAUAGCCAAAAUGUAUCAAGGCGGGGCUGAUGUAGGUGGUGAUGUGAAUGAUGAUGCUCCACCUGCAAGUGGUAGCGGUGCUGGCCCCAAGAUUGAGGAGGUUGACUAAAAUGGAUUUGUUAGGCAUUGGUAGAAAAUGAUGCGUAUUAGUAUUUGUUUUUUUGUUUGGUUAUGGCUAUUAUAGAAUUUUGCUUUCAUAAAUUGAUUGCUGAUUUUAAUUUGUCAUUGGUUUUGAUAAUUGAAAAACUGUCAGCUGUUAUCAAAAAAAAAAAAAAAACUGUCAGCUCAUUAUUACCCUGGAUCAUGUAAUUUUAGAUUAGAUUUUGCUAUA